ACUUUGGGACGGCUCUCUCUCUCUCUCUCUCUCUCUCUCUCUCGUCCUCUGGUCUGGAACCUUCCCUCUCUUUCUCCAAACAAACGAAACCCUAAAUAAAUCCUCCUAGUAGCCUUCCAUACUUCCACCGAGAGGGGUAACGUCGUGACCCGAGAGGAGGAGGAGGAGAAGAAGAAGAAGGAGAGCGAUGGCGGAAGAGCAGCAGUUGAGGCUGGACCUGGAGGAGCUUCGCCAUCUCGAGUCCAUCGCCAAGAGGCCCCGCGUCCUCUCCAUCCUCUCCUCCGAGAUCCGUAACCUCGACACCAAGUUGUCGAAGGUUACUGCAGCAGUUGCUGCUGCAGCAGCAGCAGCACAGCCUGCGGUAUCUGCCGAAAAGGCUCCCGCUGCAGCGAGCGCGUUGAAUUAUGUUACGCUCGGAUCGUUUAGCUGGGAUCAAGACAAUGACAAGAUCAAGCUCUAUGUAUUUCUUGAAGGUGUACAAGAAGAGAGGAUGGAGACUGUUUUUAAGCGUAUGUUGGUGGACAUCAAGUUUCAUGACGUCCAAGGGAAAAAUUACCGAUUCUCUAUACCAAAAUUAAACAAAGAAAUAGUUCCCGAGAAAUGUAAAGUGGUGGUCAAGCCGACAAAGGUUGUUGUUACACUGUCCAAAGCUUCAAAAGGAAACUGGUUAGACCUGCACUUCAAAGACGACAAGCUAAAGCCAGGUGUGGACAAAGAUAAAGACCCAAUGGCAGGAAUUAUGGAUUUGAUGAAGAACAUGUACGAGGAAGGUGAUGAUGAAAUGAAACGAACGAUUGCCAAAGCUUGGUCUGAUGCAAGAUCUGGGAAAACAGCCGACCCGUUGAAAGGGUUCCCUUGAUCAGUUGGUAGAUGUAUCUAUAUGUUUUGUUCGCUCUCAUUGUAUUUUGGGUGUGAUGUUGAGAGCAAAUACUCUUAUUAAUCGUCUUUCUUAAACUUGUGGAUCAUCAGUUAUUUGGGAUGACUUUUGUUGGGCAUGCUUGUUUUUUAUAUUGAAUUUGCUGUUUGUCUCUGG